AUGGCACCUUUACGUCGUCAAACGAAGCCGAUUGCUCGAGGGAGAGAAGGAGGUGCUCCCAUGUUGGAUGCUGGAGAGCUUCACAUUCGACAAGAGAAUAGGGACGACGAAGACGAGGAGACCCGACGACGCCGGUUCAGAUUUGGCAAUAACCGAAACAAUAAUGACGGGGACGGGGACGGUGACAGCAAUCGAAACGGCAGAUUUGGCGGGGGAAAUCGCGGCGGUAAUAACGACGACAACGACGAUAACAACGGUGGUAAAUCUGGCAACAACAGAGGAGGCAACAACAGAAACAACAGAUUUGGCGGGAAUCGAGGUAAUAAUAGAGGGGGCAAUAACAAUAAUAACGGCAAUGAUAACGGCGAUGAUGACAACGACGGCGGUAACGGAGGUAACCGGAAUGGCGGCAACGGAAACAGACGAUUCAGAGGCGGAUUCAGAAAUCGAAUUGGGAAUGGAAAUGGGAACGGGAAUGGGAACGGGAAUGGGAACGGGAAUGGUAACAACGGGAAUGAUAACAACGGAAACGAUGACUCUAACCCGCCAGAGGACUCUCCCGAAGCAGACCCUUCCGUGACACCGCCGCCCUCGGGGGACUCCCCGCCGACCGAACCGCCCCCGGCCGAGGUGCCAGCCGAAGAUGCCCCAGCCGAAGAUGCCCCAGCCGAAGAUGUACCAGUCGAAGAUGUGCCAGUUGAAUCUGUCCCGUCUGCAGAUUUUGCAGCAGAGCCCGUACCGGCCGAGCCGGCACCAGCUGAGCCGGCACCGGUUGAGCCUUCGCCGCCAGAAGCCACACUUGUCGAGGUUGUUCCUCCCGAAGCAACACCUGCGCCAAGCCCUCCUCCAAUAUCAGGAGAUCCUGGAGCUCCGCCCAACCCAGGCGUCAUCGUUCUACAGUCCCAAAUACAAGCAACGCCAACAGUAGAAGCGGUGCCGACUGUGACUGACUUUGUACCUGUCGAAACGGCAACCAACCUGGAUGGGACCACCGGACUUUUGACAGAAAUUAUCGGAAACGGCUCGCGGUCAGACGGAGCUGUUCCCUUCCCCACGGAUCCAACACCAACGUCGCUUCCAGUGCCUGAUAUUGUAAACCUUCCUGGAGGUGAUCGAGAUGCUUCUGGGCCCACCAGCACUGUUAUUCCCGAUGAUAGCAACCGCAUUGAGGCUCCUCAGGGAGGUAUGGAUCCGACCGCGGAGAGAGUCCUGAUCUCUGUGGGAUCCAUUGGAGCGUUUGUCUUGAUCUGCUUUAUCGUUUGGAUGGCACGAAGAGCAAUGAAAAAAUCCCGACUAUCCAACAGUGUGGCCAGUGCAGGAUCUGGCGGAGGGCUACCAUUCUUUGGACGCAAGAACUCGCACAAGUCGGCGCCUUCUACUGUCACUCUUUCCCCCCCUCCAAAAUACCGCGAGAAGGAGGGGGUCCCUGAGGUCCCGCAAGUAGGGGAAUAUUAUCCUCCAGAGAAGACAAAAGAAGAACCACAGCCUUCAUUGCAGCCUCCGCCAACGCAGGUCCAGCAGCAGGUAGCCGAACCACAAGUUCUCCAAGCCGCCUUACCUUUGCAGCAGCAACAACAGCAGCAACAACAGCAACCGCAACUGCCACUUCUUCAAACUUCAUUCCCUGCCCACCAACCGCAGGUGCCUUUCCCCAACUAUUAUCAACCAACAUACAAUGCCGACAUGACGUAUGAUCCGACAAACGCCUUCAAUAUCAUGCCUCCAAAUCUACGGUAUUCUCAUCAGCAACAAGAGUCCUUUAGUUCCACUAAUGCGGCCCAAUUUGGGGCAUUCAUGGUUCGCACCGAUCACGCAAACGUAACUUAUCCAAACGGAGUCUCGCCAAUCACCACGUACUACACCCCGUCGCCAACUGCGCAGCAGUCACAACAGCCGCAACAGCCGCAGCAACUCCCGGUGCCUUAUAAUCUUGUCUAUCAGGAAGCUGGUCGGAGAUCACUAGUGUCGUCUCUCUCAUCAGGAUUUGGCGAUGGUGCUGAGAUUGUAACAUCUGCCACCCUCCUUGCGCCACCACCGCCAGCAGCCACAGCUACCAGGUCGUCUAGCCAUUAUUCAACCAGGUUUUCAUAUGUAUCACCAGUGCAGCAACAACCGCCGCCAUUGCCACAGCAACCACAAGGCCAGAGAGAUACCGUGUACACACAAGCGAGCGAGGACCAACCCACUCGGUUCAGAUCGUUGAACUCGUGGGUAGAGCAGCAGACGGGACGAAUCGUACGAACACAAGAGCGAGACCCGACCUGGCAAAUGCAACAGGAACAGAUGCCUGGGCACCCGGGGAUUCCUGGGAUUCACAACCCGCCGGACGAGCAAAACUUUGGAAUGAUGAUGCAAGACGAUGAGGUGCCGAGAAGGGUGGAGAGUGCGCUGGCGAGCAUGAGCCCGACGGAGAGGAGCAGGCUAGUAGGGCCUUGA